UAUGAAGCAACUGGCAACCCUGUUUUAAUCCUGAGGAGCAUCCUGAACCUCUGAUCAGACACCGUCUGACCCAUUUGAAUCUCUUGAUUUGUGCACCAGAGCCGCAGCCCUGCAUCCCAAAAAGGAAGACGAUUAUUUCACCAUGAACUCUGAUGUGGAUGGUGACCUGGAAAAUCAGGUGGAGUUGGAGGAGAAAACGAGGCUCAUAAAUCAGGUGCUGGAGCUGCAGAACACUCUGGAGGAUCUCUCGGCACGGGUGGACGCCGUGAAAGAGGAAAACCUCAAGCUCAAGUCCGAGAACCAAGUUCUGGGUCAGUACAUCGAGAACCUCAUGUCUGCCUCCAGCGUCUUUCAGACCACUGACUCCAAAAGCAAACGGAAGUAACGGACCCUGGCGUCUAGAGCGCGUUAAGUCUGUUUAUUUCAUCCACGUAUUGGCGUUCUAUAAGAUCCCACUGUUGCACGUUAUGUUUACGACGUUGCUUUUUAUCUGCUCUUAAUAUCACAUGACUGAAAAUACCCCGUUAAUUCAUGAAGCUGUUGUAUUCUAUCGACGCUAGGUGUUGUUUAAGGAUCGUGAGGAUAAAAUAUAAUUAUAUGUAUAUAUUUAUCAUUUUUGCCUUAUGUUAGGGCAAGGUAUUAAAACAUUCUUGUGCUAAAUACACUAGUUCUGUUAAUUUAUUGAUGGCUUUCGUUUUGUUGUGUGUGUGUGUAUAUAUUUAAUUUUUUAAAAACUAUUUUAUUUCAUUUUUUAAUCGAGAACACAGCGGUGAUGAAUGUGCCUGUGAAACUGCUGUGCGCCACCGUGCGUUUUAGGCAACCUGAUAAAUCGAAGUGAGUUAUUCAGGUGCUUCUGUUCAGGGAAAUAACACUUCUGAUCUCCUGGUGCUUUUCACUCAGGAGUUUUAACAGGCCUCCGUUCCAGCUGUGUAGACGCACAACAUCUCUCUCUGAGCUGCAUUUAACGUUUGUGUCACGUUUAACCAUUGUUCGGUUUUAUUAGUGCCUGUUUUAAUAAAUACAUUUUCCUUUGA